GGAGCACAGGUCACCAGCUGGGCAACAUUCAGAAAGUUAGUCUUCCUAUUCUCAUUUUCCUGGGCUGUUACAGAAGAAGACUGGAAGAGCGCGCAGGGACCAUGUCGGCGGAGACCGCGAGCGGCCCCACGGAGGACCAGGUGGAAAUCCUGGAGUACAACUUCAACAAGGUCGACAAGCACCCGGAUUCCACCACGCUGUGCCUCAUCGCGGCCGAGGCCGGCCUUUCCGAGGAGGAGACCCAGGGUAGUGAUUUGAUCUCCAGGAGCAAAAUAUGGCACCCAGAAAGUAGCCCCCAAAGAGAAGUCUACCCCCACGAUAGUCUGCUGUGCUUGGCUUUAGAUUACUUUUCUCUACUGCCACCCCAGUGUAAAGGUAUGUAAGAUCUUGACAACCGUGUAAAGGAUUUCAGUGUGUAAACUCUGCUGUACAGGUGGGUGAGGUGUAGGUGUGUUCCCAUGCUAUUCAGCCUGCUUAGCAUUGAUGUGGAGCCCAAAGCAGUCCUGCAGAGCCUUACCCCUAUUCAAGCUCAACAGCCUCUCCUCUAGGCCUUGCUCCUUCUCCCCCUGUGAUUCUCACACUUUCUUCUGAUCUUGGGCUUAUAUACUGAAUUCCCUUUCAGCUUCCUAGAGCCCAUCCUGUUCAUUCUGAGUAUCUGUAUAGGCAUCAAGCCAUGCUAUGUGGGGAGCCCUCUAGAGGUUUCUCACCAUCCCAUCUCCAUCAGCACAUCCCAGAUCUGGCAUCUCACAGCUGUGCUCUUUCUGCUUCCUUCCUGUUCCUCGUCCCCUUACCCCUAGAACAGGUGAAUUAUAGAAAUACCAGAAGGGACAGUAGAAACCCCCUAAGCUUACGUUUUUAUUUACAGAUGAUUGGUGCUCUAUUUUUAGGGACUUCCUCAAGUUCUCAUAGCCAAUUAGUUACUCUAGAGCUUCCUGUUGGCAGAGCCCAGGGCUGCAGAACCCUGGGUAGUCACCUACCACACAGCCUGCCUACACACCAGUGACACACAAAUAUUGUCCUUCUCAAUGUACCCCAUGACAUGUGAAUGGUUGGGAAGCACAGGAGAACAGAGCUUGGGGGAGGUGCUGACUUCCCAUAGAGCUCUGUCCUCAUCCUCUCCAAUGUAGGUCAAUGCUUGCUCAUCUGUUUCCUCACUAGUCUCUCUUCAAAGUUGUUUUGCUUUGUUUUUUAUUCCCAGUUUCCUCUUGAUCAACCUGGUCCAGACCCUGGCCCUAUCCCCAGCAUGGUUCUCCUGUUCUCCUCUUUGGGGAGCUCUGUACCACCCCGGUUAGCAAGAUAAAGGCAGCCACUGAUUUCUCAAGGGUAUACCACACUGCCUUACAACAUAUAGGCAUGUUCUAGGCCUCAUAUGAUACCGUGUCUAGAAACAUCCCAUCUGGGGCCUUCUGUACAUCCAUGGUCACUUCUGUAAGGUGUGAAUGUUUGAGUCAUACGGAGCUGAGAGAUUCUGAGUAAAGUGGUAGGCCCACUUUAGCUUCUCUCACUGCUCAGUGGCCCUGGAGCAGGAUAGAUUGGGCUGGCCUACUCCAUGCAUCCCCAAGGAGUGCUCUGAGGUUGUGCAGUGCUCAGUUACCUAUUAAUCUUAUUCAACAAAUUCUUACUAACUGCUACCAAUGAGGAAGGCCUUUGGACAGCAGCCAUAGAGAUCUAUCUGGGGCAUUAAGGAGAUGCUUUAACUUCUUUUAUUUAUUCAGCAAAUAUUGAUUAAUUUCUAACUCUUAAACCUUUGUACUAGUGGCUAAGGAUGCAAUGGUGAUAGGAUGAAUACAGUCUCUUUUUUCAUGGAUCUUACAUUCUAGAAGGGAAUAUAGAUUUAAAACAAGUGAAUACACAAGUAAAUCAUGACAGAUGCUAAAAGUUCUGUGAAAGUAACAAAAUACUAAAUUGGGAAGUAAGGAGAUGAGUGGGAAACCCACUUUAGAUAGAGUGAUCAGGGAAGGCUUCAUUGAGAAGGUCCUGUUUAAGCUGAGAUGUGAGGAUGACAGGGAGAUCAUCAGAUAAAGAAUAAAGAGAGAAUAUUCUAAACAUAGGAAAUAGCAUGUGCAAAGGUCCUGAGGCAGGAAAGUUUAGUGUCACAGUGAGAACCAUCCCUAUGGAAACAUUCCUUGAUUCUCUCCUUUCCACUUGUGCCACAGAGGCUACCUUUUAGAAAGGGAACAGGCAUUUCAGUUUUUUGUAUGUGACAAAUAUUUUUUCUCAUUUCUCUC